CCCUUUCCAAUCCUAGCAUUCCGCGUCUCCUGCUAUCACCCGCCCGGCUCACAUGCCACCCGAACCAACACGAGCAAAGGCCAAGCGCAAGGCGACACGCAAGGAGGAGGAGACGGCGUACCGGUUCGACGGCGGUCACUCACGUGAGAUCGAGCAGAAGAGGAAUGCGGGCCAGAUUUCGUGUGCAGAGUGCAGGAGACUCAAGAUAAAAUGCGACAAGCAGAUUCCAUGUCAGUCAUGCCAGCGCAGGGGAUGCGCGGCACUAUGUCCGAACGGAAGCCUUGCCACCGGACAGGGCACUCGCUUCGUCCUCGCUGCAACCGAACAUUUCCACCGGCGCAUCACCAAGAUGAGCGACCGAAUUCGCCUGCUCGAAGACGCGCUCGCCUCUCUACAGUCCCAACACUCGUCCGAGCCGCACCCGCUCCUCCGGGAUGACCUUCUUGGAGUCAACCAGCGGGAUGACGAGGCCGCGCUUGCCGCGGGAGCAGAAGGACUAUUGGAGGGGUUUGUCCAGCCUGCGGACAUCAUCGAUUCGUUUGGCACAUUGUCAAUUACCGACCGAGGUGUCUCGAGGUUUUUCGGGCCCACUGGCGGGACGGAGGCGCUUCUCAUGUCUGACGGCCCCCACUCCGAAUCCAAUUCCCCCGCCCAAACCCCUGAAUCCGGUACUGGUGUCGCCCCAAGUGACCACCGCGGCUCCUCCGCAGGCAGCAGUGAAAGCCCGCCUGCUAAUAAGAUGUUCUCCGUCUCCUUUCCGUUUACUCCCGUGGGCCCGCGCGCGACAGUGCAAGAGCUGAUCGAGAGCCACCUCCCGCCAUGGGAUAAGGCUGAACAUCUUCUUCGGCUCUACUUUGAUAAUGCGGCAUGGCUGUUCCACGACGUGAGCAAGGACCAGGUCAUGAAAGAGCUCGUGCCUGCGUUCUACGACCCGGGCUCCAAGGACGAUUCAUCCGGCGGGAGCGCGCAGCUGGCGCGGCCGAAUGAAGAUCACUGUGGCCCGCAUGGGCUUUGUGUGCUCUUCCUGCUCUUUGGGAUUGGGGCGCUGGUCGACUUGGAAUGCUCGGCGAUCAGUCCCGAGGCGGAACACUUCCAUCAGAUCGCGCGCGCAGCUCUCUGUAUCCAGCCUGUGCUCGAGAAACCGAGCCUCGUGACAAUCCAAGCACUGCACCUACUUAGCGUGUACAACGCGAUGAGCGGGAACGAGCUUGCGGGAGAAGAUACAAGCAACGAGACGACGUGGAGCUUGAUCACGCUCGCAGCACAUUUAUCUCAGACGGUGAGCGCUUCUUUGCACCGGGAUAGCGCACGAUGGAACCUAUCUCCCGAUAUCGUCAAUCAACGACGCACCCUCUUUUGGGACCUCUUCGUCGCUGACUCAUGGCAUAGUCUCAAUACGGGCCGGCCACCCACGUUUUCGCUUGCGUACAUCGACUGCCGAUUCCCGAUAAGCGAGAUCAAGUCAGAAGAAGGUGAAUCUUUACCUCCUAGGGAGUACGAAUCCUGGGGGUACCGUUUCGCCUGCGAGUGCGUCGCUGAGGUUGCCGCACGUACGCUGACCGCCGAAGCACCGAGCUACUCGACAAUCAUGGAGCUCGACCGCAAGGUGCGCGAGUUCCCAGUCUCUCCGGCUGCAGAAGCCCUCGUCGCACAGGCGAAUGCCGCUAGCCCGGCAAUGGUACCCGAAGAGAGGCCACUCAGUAUUGCGGAGAGUAUGGGCCUUUUUGCGAUGGCGAAUUCGCGAGAAGUUAUCCUGUUGUACAUCCACCGGAGCUUCUUCGCGCAGGCGAUCAUCGAGAAUCCUGUGAAUCCGCUCAAGAGCGCGUAUGCUGCCUCGUUCUUGGCUGCGUACCGCGCAUCUACUACAACUCUGCACACCAUACAGGCGCAGUUCCGAAAGCACCCGAUCCUCACAGCGCGGUUCUGGGUGGUCUGGUCAUUUGCCUUUUCUUCUGCUAUCGUUUUCGGCACGAUUGUCACGCGUGGGCCGAAAUCGCCACUCGCUGCGAAUGCUCUGAAGGAACUUGAUGAUGCUUGUGUCUUGUUCGCGAAUGCUGCACCUCGGUGUAUGCGGGCAGCAAAGGCAUUGCCGUUCUUGACGAAGCUGGCCGAGAAAGCGCACCACGCUAUGAACAUGGCGCAGACCGGAGAGGUUUCUUCGAUGGAAUGCGGUCAACAUUGGAACGUGGAAGAAGCGGAGAACAACGAUGAGCUUGCCAUUUUUGCCGGUCGCACGCGCGUUUUGAACACGAAGCGACGCUCAGUGUCUGCGGAACCUCAACCAUCGUUGGCUAGAUCUUACAGCUCUUCGUCGCUCGCGAACACCACUACAUCUAUGGAGCAGUCUCACUCCCAGCAGUACCGGAAUGCAGAGUUCCUGGCACCUCCCCCUGUUGUUGAUGCUUCGCAUUCUUCUGGAGGCUGGGCAGCUCAUGAGCAAUCGUCGAGAUAUACGCAUGAUCAAGCCCAUCACCAGGAGUACCCCGGCAAUAUGCUACUCCCGCCCCAUCCUUCUCAGCAGCAUCAGCAAACAUCGUACCAGCAAGCGCAACCGCCCUUGCGCCAGUCGACAUAUCCAUUCCCGGCGAAUGAACGCAUCAGCCACCCUCAGCCGGUUCAGAUUCCGCAGGUUCCCCAGCUCUCGUUGUCAACGCGCGAGCUCCCACUUCCUCAUGCGCAACCUCAUACCCAUGCUCAUCCCCACGCCUCCCAGCCGCGUCCACACACACACCACCAGCACCCGCCCCUACCUCAGCCCUCACACCUCGCUGGACCCUCGGAGAUGGGCUACCGUUCCCAGCAACAUGAUCUUGCAUCUCACCGCUAUCCGCAGCAGCACCAGCAGAUCGCAGCGCACCCACACUCGUCUUACCACCCCGCCCCCGACUCUCACGGGAUGUACGACCGCUCAAGGGCGCAGUAUGACCACUCGCCAGCGCCAUCAGCGCACUCGAUGCACUCGUUGCAAGGUCAUCACGGCCAUGGAUUUGGGAAUCCUGCCGCCUCGCAUCCUACUAGUGGUAGUACGAGUGGGGUACCUGCCCCGCCCGAUCUUGUGGGGUUGGGUAUGGCCUCAGAGGAGUCUCGACUAGACGAGCGGUGGACGUCAUUCAUGCGUAAUGAAGGGUACUUUGACGGGUAUAGUUAUCGAGGGCGGUAAAGGUUUGGCUUUCCUGGGUGAUUCUUUGGCAAGGACGAUGAACCUACUGUUACCCCAAUCAGCCUGUAUACACGCCGGAUGCUAUGUGUCUCACUGCUUCUUCCACUGAACUUUUGACGGGACUUUGCAUAUAGUUGUAUAUAUCUGUAUACAGUUUGGACGAACAUCUAUUUCUCACUCUUUUCUUGCUUUCGUCUUCGCUUUCUACAUAGGCCGAGUAGUCGCCCACGUAUAUCCUGUAACAACAAAUAUUGUUGGUUGAUC